AUGUCGGGCGUGCUUGGCCUGGCUCUUUACUUUCGCACAGCAGCAGCCCGUCGCGUCCUUUCACGACCAUACACUUACCCUCGACGCACCUUUUCCUCGUCACCCAUCACCCUCCUCUGUCCUUCUCUUGCAUCGAAAGCACCUCGUUGGGUUAAUCCAAAGCCAGGCCAAGAGGACGCAGCAGCAGAAGACGAAUCUGCAGAGUCCGCAUCCGAGUCAGAGGACAAGCCUGAGAACGAGAACGACAACAACUCGUCAUCCGACUCGGCACCACCACCUCAAGACGAUGGCCCACCUCCUGCGAAUGACAGCAAUCCACCCCCACCCUCGAUAGCCAAACAAUCCGUCCCCGAAAUCUACCCCCAAGUCCUCGCCCUACCCAUCGCCCGCCGUCCCCUCUUCCCAGGCUUCUACAAAGCCGUCGUCGUCCGAAACCCUCAAGUCGUAAGCGCCAUUAAAGAAAUGAUGAAGCGCGGCCAACCCUACCUCGGUGCUUUCCUUUUGAAAGACGAAAACGCGGAUAGCGAUGUGAUAACGGACGUCAACGCAGUUCACAGCGUCGGCGUCUUUGCACAAAUUACGAGUGUCUUUGCUGCGGCGGGGGGGGACGGUAAGGAAGGAGAGGGAUUGACGGCGGUGCUUUAUCCGCAUCGGAGGAUUAAGAUUACGGACUUGGUCAAGGCGCCACUACCUAUCGGCACUGACAGCACUACCGGCGAACUACUAACGCCCCCAUCAACGCCCCCACCACUCGCUCCCAUCCCGGAACAAACCGCCUUCCUACACGACCACGGAAUUUCCAUCGUCAACAUCGCCAACCUUAAAACAGCUCCCUACUCCCGUGAUGACCAACACAUCCGUGCAUUCAUGUCCGAGAUCGUCUCCGUCUUCAAAGACAUCGCGCAGCUCAACCCCUUAUUCCGAGACCAAAUCACCAACUUCUCAAUAAACCAAGUAGCCGCAAACGUCUUUGACGAGCCGGACAAACUCGCAGACUUUGCAGCAGCCGUAUCAACGGGUGAAGUCCAAGAACUCCAAGACGUCCUGGAAAGUCUCGUAGUAGACGACCGACUCCGCAAAGCCCUUCUAGUCCUCAAAAAAGAGUUAAUCAACGCACAACUGCAAAGCAAACUCUCCCGAGACGUCGAUAGCAAAAUCGCCAAACGGCAGCGGGAGUACUACCUAAUGGAACAACUCAAAGGGAUCAAAAAGGAGUUGGGCAUGGAAACGGACGGGAAGGAUAAACUCAUCGAAAAGUUCCGAGAACGCGCUGCGGCGUUGGCGAUGCCUGAGCCUGUUAAAAAGGUGUUUGAGGAGGAAAUUGCGAAGCUGCAGUCUUUGGAACCUGCGGCGAGUGAGGCGAACGUUACGCGGAAUUACCUGGAUUGGUUGACGCAGAUUCCAUGGGGACGACAUACGCCGGAGAAUUACAACAUCUCGCAUGCUGAGAAGGUGUUGGAUGAGGAUCAUUAUGGGUUAUCGGAAGUCAAAUCACGGAUCCUCGAAUUCCUCGCGGUGGGUAAAUUGCGUGGGACUGUACAAGGCAAGAUUAUAUGUCUUGUCGGUCCUCCAGGUGUGGGGAAGACGAGUAUAGGGAAGAGUAUUUCCCGUGCGUUGGGCCGCCAAUUUUUCAGGUUUUCGGUCGGUGGGUUGACGGAUGUUGCGGAGAUUAAGGGGCAUAGGAGGACGUAUGUUGGUGCGCUCCCUGGAAAGAUUAUACAAGCUCUCAAAAGGGUUGAGACGGAGAACCCGUUGGUGCUUAUUGAUGAGGUUGAUAAGAUUGGGAGGGGGAUUAAUGGGGAUCCUGCUAGCGCUUUAUUGGAGAUGUUGGAUCCGGAGCAGAAUUCUGGGUUUUUGGACCAUUACAUGGACGUCCCCGUUGACCUCUCACGCGUCCUGUUCGUGUGUACAGCCAACAACCUCGACACUAUCCCUGCGCCUCUCUUGGACCGUAUGGAAGUCCUCGAAGUUUCCGGGUACGUAUCUGAGGAAAAAGCGGUCAUCGCUUCGCGGUAUUUGGGACCACAGGCAAAGGAUGCUUCUGGUCUUGGAGGGGCAGACGUGGAGUUGGAUAAGGAGGCGGUGGAUGUGUUGAUCAAGUAUUAUUGUCGAGAAAGUGGGGUUAGGAAUUUGAAGAAACAUAUUGAUAAGAUAUAUAGGAAAGCGGCGUUGAAGUUGGUCAAGGAGUUGGGGGAAGAGACGUUCCCUGAGCCGAAGGAGCCUGAGCUUGAAGCUGCUUCUGCUGCUGAUUCGACGUCAACAACAACAUCCACGCAAUCCGUCCCCUCGCAAGAACCCCCUCCUAACAUUCCCCCUCCACCCUCCUCUUCCACACAAGAAAAAGUGAAACCAAUAACGACCCACCUCCGCUCACCCAUGCCAAUCCCUUCAGACAUACACGUCCGCAUUACACCCUCAAACUUGAAAGACUACGUCGGUCCACCUGUAUACCAAAAAGACAGGAUGUACGUACACCCGCCUCCUCCUGGUGUUAGUACUGGUCUAGGGUACCUGGGUAAUGGGUCGGGUGCCGUUAUGCCUGUUGAAGCUAUGAGCAUGCCAGGCAAAGGAUCCCUCCAACUAACAGGCAAACUAGGCGAAGUCAUCCGAGAGUCUGCGCAGAUCGGGUUGAGCUGGGUUAAAUCUCAUGCGUACGACUUGGGCAUCACCACUUCGGCGAAUGAGCAGUUUUUGACGGAUAAGGAUAUACAUGUGCAUAUGCCUGAGGGGAGUAUAGGGAAGGAAGGGCCGAGUGCGGGGACGGCUAUAUUGACGGCUUUUGUGAGCUUGUUUAGUGGUGUUAAGGUUUGUCCUGAUAUUGCAAUGACAGGCGAAAUAUCCCUCGUAGGCCAAGUCCUCCCCGUCGGCGGUCUAAAAGAGAAGAUCCUAGCCGCUCAUCGGGCAGGUAUAAAAACCAUCAUCGCGCCCUCUGCGAAUCGCGCGGAUAUAGAGGAGAACGUGCCGGAGAGUGUGAAGACGGGGAUCAGGUUCGUGUAUGUGGAGAAUGUGAAUGAGGUGUUGCAUGAGGUGUUCAAGGGGACGGAGGUGGCGGAGCGGUGGAAGGAUACGUUGCCUGUUUUUUGAGGCUGGGUAGACCUGGAGAUGUUAGAUGAGUGGUAAUUUGAAGGGAGGAGGAGAAUCGAUUUGCAUACCUAUACUACAUAGAUAUCAACCAUUCAUUCAUUAAGUAUGUACUGUAUCAUAAAACAUCUCACAACUCA